AUGUCUGAAAACAAGUCCUCUUUCUUCGUCGACUUCAUGAUGGGAGGUGUCUCCGCCGCUGUCGCUAAGACCGGUGCCGCCCCAAUCGAGAGAGUCAAACUUUUGAUCCAAAACCAAGACGAGAUGAUCAAACAAGGUAGACUCGCUAAGAGAUACAACGGUAUUGGUGAAUGUUUCAAGAGAACUUUCGCUGAGGAGGGUCUCUCUUCUUUCUGGAAAGGUAACACCGCCAACGUUAUCAGAUACUUCCCAACCCAAGCUUUGAACUUUGCUUUCAAGGACAAGUUCAAGAAGAUGUUUGGUUUCAAGAAGGAGGAGGGUUACUGGCCAUGGUUCGCUGGUAACUUGGCUUCCGGUGGUCUUGCUGGUGCCACUUCUUUGCUCUUCGUUUACUCUUUGGAUUACGCCAGAACCAGAUUGGCAAACGACGCUAAGUCCUCUAAGGGUGGUGAGAGAGAGUUCAAUGGUCUUGUUGACGUUUACAGAAAGACUCUUGCUACUGACGGUAUCGCCGGUCUUUACAGAGGUUUCUUGCCAUCUGUCGUCGGUAUCAUUGUCUACAGAGGUCUUUACUUCGGUCUCUACGACUCCCUUAAGCCUGUCGUUUUGAUUGGUCCUCUUGAGGGCAGCUUCAUUGCUUCCUUCUUGCUUGGUUGGACUGUUACCACUGGUGCUUCUACUGCUGCUUACCCAUUGGACACUGUCAGAAGAAGAAUGAUGAUGACCUCUGGUCAAGCCGUCAAGUACAAGAACGGUUUCGAUGCUCUCACCCAAAUCAUUGCUACUGGUGGUGUUAAGUCCUUGUUCAAGGGUGCCGGUGCUAACAUUUUGAGAGGUGUUGCUUCUGCUGGUGUUAUCUCCAUGUACGACCAGUUGCAAAUGAUUUUGCUUGGUAAGAAGUUCAAAUAA